AUGAAAAAGGCAAGUAAUGUAAACCCAGAAAUAGGAAAUGGAGAGGCAGAGCACGCAGUGGCAGUUCCCCCGCCACCGGAGCCCAGCUCGACUUCCAUUACGCCGCCGCCGCCGCCGCCACCGCCACCGCCACCGCCACCGCCACCGUCACCGUCACCGCCGCCGCAAGAGCUUGAUAUUGGCCCCAAGGUUAUAGUGGGGCUGUAUGUUCUCAUCUGCGCCUGUUUGACGGUUUCCAUAGGGACGCCGUGGUUCGUCAUGGAGCAGCACGCCGCGGGACCUAUGGGAGAAAACGUCAAGGAAACAUUUCAACUUUGGAAGACAACCCGCUGGGUGGGCAGCGCGCGUAAGAGCAUAGAAAGUACAUCUAUUAUCUGCACCCCAGAACGACGGCAUGUGGUGGCGUUGCAGGUACUUUCGGUUGUGGCUCUUGGGUUAGCCCUCUUUACUCUUUUUCUCUCCGUGAUGCGAGAUCAUUUUAUGCAGGAAAGUUUCAAACUUAGGCUCAUGCUUAUUUAUAGUGUUGCCAUUUGCUUUAUUGUCUUAACGGCGGAGUCGUCACUGGGGAUUAACGUCUUUACGCGAAGCUUCGAUGCUUGUGGCAUGCGGUCAAGUUAUCAUUUACGCGCGUUUGAAGUUUAUGUGGGAUUCGCCUGCACUCUUACAGCCUGGGUGCUCAACGCCCUUGCGGGGGUGGUGGUGUACAACAAGGUUCCUUUUCCAAUGGACGGACAUGUUAUCAGGUACGGCAUGAAUGCCUUUGCCAUGCUUACCUUUGCUGCGUUUCUGUUUAGCUUGGUGGGGUGUCCAAUCACCCAAUGGUUUUACAAGGAUACCACCAGGCGUACUUUGACAGAGACCCUGCUGUGGAAAGAACGUCGUAGCGUUCUCUGGGCAAUUGGUCCCCACUACAAUGUCACUGAGGUGAGGGAGCUCGGGUGUCGCUCUCUCAUGUAUGGCUUUCUGGCAGCCGAGGUAUUGAGCUGCCUGACUAUCCUACUCAGCGCCGCCACCUUUGUGAUGGGGUUUUUCCUUGCCAAGGGUCUCUUUGGUUUUACGGGGUAUGCCAUGGUGCUUGGCUGCACCGCAACCGUGGUGGCCCUUAUCCAGUGGGUGUUGUUGGUUGUCAUUUACUCCGGUGAGUGGUGCUUCGGUGCUGUGGCGUAUCGUCAAAAGAAGUACGUCUUGGCUUCCGGUUUUGCUCUCAGCGUAGCUGGAUGUUUUGCCAUGUGCUUUGCAAUACUGCUGCUAGCAUUUACCGAAUACAUCCGACGGAAGCACUUUCCCUCGCUAGGGCCCAACAAAGCCAUGAGAGAGAUUCUUGUGGAGAUGUGUCAAUAA